AUGCGCCACUUUAUGCAACUCUAUGUUAAAACCAACCUGGCAAAAAAGGGCCCAAUCACCAGCAGUCGAUACAAUGGAUGGAGUGCAAUUCCACAGGGGUCAGCUGACAUCCCAAACACUCUAAUCUUCCCCAAGUCGAAUUCCGCAGUGGGACUCCAUGAAGGUCCCCGCUUUCAACACUACGACAAAACACCAAACGGGAGCAUCCCAAUACCCAAACUCCCCAAAACCGGCACGGUCCUUUGA